AUGUCUGACAUUGACAUCCGAGGUAGUGUUUUUCCUGGUUAGGUCAAGUUGAAGGAACAUUUAUUUUACGAACGUUCUGGUGCAAUGGUACAUCUUACAUUGACCGUUUUUUCAUGAUUCGUAUUUUAUAUUUUUAUUGUUGAAACGACGUACGUUCUUCGGGUUUCGUUUAUUUCAACUACUGUUCGGUUGCUGUUUUAUCGGUUGUUUCGUACUUGCUAAAUAAGUAUUUUGUAUUUUUUUUCGCGUUUUAUUUUCAUUUAAACUUACUUUUCCGAUAUUUUCUUUCGAUUGUUUGUGACUGUGAUAUCAAAACAACUGCAUCGAUCAACCGCAUAAUCAUUACCAUAAAUGUAUUGGAUGAAUCGAUAGUAAGAAUAAAUUGCUAACAACUUCCUCUGGCCACUGGGAAACAAAAUAAUCAGUGUAUGAUGAGGUUUUACAUUCAUCCUACAUAUCGCAUAUCGGCAAUAUGUAGUUGGUCAUUGUUGAUUUUUUGGAGUAAUGCCGUAUUAGCGCUAGGUCGAGUAGCAUUUGAAAAAUUAACCGAUUUAGAUUACCGAGGUACCACAUAUUACACAGUAAAAAAUAUAACCUUAAACGAGUGCCAAGCAUGGUGUAGAGAAGAAUUAGAAUGCCAAGCUGCAGUUUUUAGUUUUGUUUUGAAUCCAUUAACGCCUAUUCAAGACACUUCCUGUGAACUGCAAAAUGAAACGACUGCUAAUAAUCCGGCUGCAAUUCCUCAACGCUCGGUUAACCUGUACUACAUGGUCAAGUUACAAAUUAGAUCAGACAACGUAUGCAUGCGACCAUGGGCUUUCGAACGUGUACCAAAUAGGAUGAUCAGAGGAUUAGAUAAUGCUUUGAUUUAUACGUCUACAAAAGAAGCGUGUCUAGCAGCCUGUCUGAACGAGCAUCGGUUUACUUGCCGUUCUGUUGAAUACAACUACGUUACGUUGCAAUGUCAUUUAAGUGAUUCGGAUCGAAGAACAACUGGGCAAUUUGUACAAUUUGUGGAAACCCAAGGAGUCGAUUACUUCGAAAACUUAUGUCUUAAAGGAAAUCAAGCGUGUAAAGGAAACAGAGUAUUCCAAGUGCCUCGUAUCGGAGUAGCCGAUGAUAAAGUUGCGCAUUACGCAAGCAUACACUACUACGUGGAUAAAGAGUUACAGGUAACCAGCGAAGCUGCGUGCAGACUGGCUUGCGAAAUUGAAAACGAAUUUUUAUGUCGAUCAUUCCUAUACAAAGGACCACCAAGUGGAAACCAGUACAACUGUCAACUGUUCCAUUUAGAUCAUAAAACUCUACCUGAUGGACCGAGCACGUAUUUGAAUGGAGAAAGGCCAUUAAUCGAUGAUGGCCAAUUGAUAGGAACUUACUACGAAAACCAUUGCGAGAAAUCAUUGGGUACUUUGUCCCAUGAAAAUGUACCAGUCGUUUUCGAAUCAACAGAAGAUCCAAACAUAAGCAAUUUGACUAGAAAUGAUAUAAAUUGUGACAAAACAGGAACAUGUUAUGAUGUUACGGUGCAUUGUAAAGAUACCAGAAUCGCUGUCCAAGUUCGAACGAAUAAGCCAUUUAACGGAAGAAUCUACGCUUUAGGACGAUCAGAAACAUGUAAUAUUGAUGUACUGAACAGUGACUUAUUCAGAUUAGAUUUAACGAUGAGUGGGCAAGAUUGUAACACUCAGUCUGUGACGGGGGUGUUUUCAAACACCGUAGUUAUUCAACACCACAGCGUAGUCAUGACGAAAGCUGAUAAAAUUUAUAAAGUAAAGUGCACGUACGACAUGUCUUCGAAGAAUAUUACAUUUGGAAUGAUGCCAAUAAGGGAUCCAGAAAUGAUUAGCAUUACUUCGGCUCCGGAAGCGCCAGCUCCGAGAAUUCGAAUUCUUGAUACCAGAAAUAGGGAAGUUGAAACUGUUCGUAUUGGAGAUAAGCUCACAUUUAGAAUAGAAAUUCCAGAAGAAAGUAAGAAACCUCCUUAUGGAAUAUUCGCGAGAAGUUGCGUGGCCAUGGCUAAAGAUUCAAAGAGUACAUUCCAGAUUAUUGACGACGAAGGAUGUCCAGUGGAUCCUAGUAUUUUCCCCUCGUUUACUCCGGAUGGAAACGCUCUUCAGUCUAUUUACGAAGCAUUUAGAUUUACCGAGUCUUACGGUGUGAUAUUCCAGUGCAAUGUGAAAUACUGUCUUGGACCUUGUGAACCGGCUGUUUGUGAUUGGGGGCGUGAUUCGGUGGAAUCCUGGGGAAGACGAAAAAGAGAAGUGAAUAGUAAUAACAACACCAAUUCAGAAGGAGAUGACAUGACUCAAAUCAGUCAAGAAAUUUUAGUUUUAGAUUUUGGCGAUGAAAAACAAUCGCAGUAUUUAAAAAAUAAUAACGAAGCUUCCUUUACCCAUUAUGACAAAGAUAAAACGAUAACUGUCAUGGAACCUUGUCCCACCAAAACUUCAGUAUUAGCUUUAGGUAUAACUUGUAUUCUUUUAAUUUUGAUUUACGUAACAACUUUGUUCUUUUAUUACUUGAGAAAAUGGAUGUCACCACGGAAAUUCAUGACUUGAUGUUUAGUGAAUACUUUUAAAAAUCUUAAAAGCCAUUUAUUAAAUCGAAUUAUCUUUCGAAACGUAAUUUCGAUCAAUCAAUGUUUGCUACCAUAUUAGUCAUGUUGAUUUUAAUGUAUUUUAUAAAUACACGUAUUCAUCCAUUCGUCAUAAAGAAAUCUACGCAGCAAUGAAAAUUUUCUAUGUUUUCAUUAUACAUUGGUACCAUUUUUUAAUAUUGAAUUUUUCUUCAAAUUUUAUGCUAAUGCAACAUUGAUUGAGAAUAUUUUUAUUUCAAAAUUGUCUUGAAGAUGAGGACCUUGUACUUCAUAGUCAAUAAAAUAUUUUUUUUUCCAAUUUAACAAGUUGGUAUUAGCUGUUAAAGAACAUUGAAACAAGUGCCUCCUCUUCAUGGCAAAUGUAUUUUUGUUAGAAUUUAACAAAAUAAUAUUUUUAAUUUGUAAUUAUUUGUGUUACUUCUUUUUUGUAUUUGUUCAUAUUUAUUUAUUUUAUUUAUUUAUUGAUUGAUUUAAUUUUUCAUUUGCAUACUAUUUAUUUUCGUUAAAUUAUUUUCUAUUUUCUGAAUUGAAAUGUGCAUUUAUUUUCCAAACAGUAUUUAAUUUUCCUAUAAUUUUAAAAUUUGAAUCUCAAAUUUUUUUAUUAUUUAUUUAUUUAUUUAUUUAUUUUUUUUAAAAAUUAGUCUUAGAUAAUAAGUAUAAACGUAUACAGGUGAUAUAUAUUUUUUAAAAACGGACAAUAUUAUGUUGUCAACUGUCAUAACUUUCAUUAUUCAUUGCAUUCCUAUUCCUAACUGAAUUAGGUUCUUAUUGUGUUUAUUCACUGCCAAAAAACUUUCAUUUUUCAUUUAGGUACAUGAUGCGACUUUCAUUUUUGAUAAUUCAUACCGUCCUAAUACAUAUGCAUGAAAUUUUAUGUGGAAACUGAGUGAUUUUUAUUUAUUUUGAUAGAAAAUUCAUUUGAGUAGGUAAAAUAAUAAUUUAUUCUCCUAAUAGCUUGUGAUGACUGACGAGUAUGAGCGAAGUGAAGUUUUUUUUUUUUUUCAUGUUUUAUGUGAAAAAAUUAAGACAUUGUUAAAUGAAGUAUACUUUUGCAAUAGAUAGGUACCUUGAACGGACUUCAUGGAAAAACUUAAUUUUUCCAUCACAUCAUCUUACGUUAUACAAUUGUAUGUAUCAUAAGAAUUGGUUUCGACAUAACGAUUUUUAUAGCAUAAUAUAACAAAAGUAGAUAACA